AUGACCACCAACAUGGCCCCCGCCGCCCUCAACGUCCUCUACUACUUCCAGAAACAAGAGCUGAAGCUCGACUUCAACUCUCCCGACCGUGCGCAAGCCUACCAGAACCUGAACCGAGAAGGUCGCAUCUACGCGACGGAGCCGACGGCCGUGUACCUGCCGCUCACCCCCUCGAUGGCCUACCUGCGCGACAGCCACAACGGACUAGUGAUCGGGUUCACCACGGGCGCAGAAGCCAACCGAUGGUGUCAGACAGCCGUGCUGGGCCGGCUGCAUUGUCCCAGCACCCCGCAUGAGGUGCGCAUUCGGCGCGCCUGGACCGACGAGGCCCUGGACCAGCAGUUCCAGAUGCAGCAGUUUCCGCUCUUCAUGCCGGCGCAGGGAGAGGCGCCGCCCUCCCCGCCCCCGUCCGCUCACUCCGCCACCAGCAGUACCAAGCGACAACCGCUGACCCCAGGCUCACCCCCUCACGCACCGCCGACAUGGAGCCCCGAGGCACCACCUACCCAGCCGGCCAAGGCAAAUAGUCAACCAGGGAGCUAUCGGGGCACCAGACAGACCAUGUCGAUGCAGCUUCCGCCGUCGACCGCCGCGCAUCUACCCGGGCCGAUGUCUUCACAGCUCCUGCCCGCCCCGUUGACCAUCGGGACACAGGAGCGCCCACCCGCAACGCAGGGGAUUGAACGACGGCCACGAGCGAGCAGCUUCUACUAA